UCAAGUUUUGUGUAUCGCUUGGAAGAGAGGUCAAAGAAGAGAGAAAGCCAUGUCGCUGGUUCGUCUAAACAAGAAUGAGGUGGACAAAGAGAUGAUUGAUGGUGUUCUGUCAGAUGAUCCUUCAAUACAGUCUGAAUACGCUUCCAAGUUGAGAAAGUUUCUUGAACAUGAGAAAAACCCUCCAAUUGGUAAGAUAAUAGAGUCUGGAGUUGUGCCUCGUUUCGUUGAGUUUCUUAAGCAGGACGAUAACAUCGAGCUUCAGUUGGAUGCUGCUAACGUUCUAAGAGUCAUUUCUGAAGAUGAGAACGCCAACGUGCUAAUUGAUCACGGUGCUAUUCAAAUCUUUGUCCAUCUUCUUGCUAGUGAUCAUGCUGCUACUGAUAGUUUUCUUCUCCAUAUGGAGGCUACAUUGGCACUAGGUAAUGCUGCUCGUGCUUCAGUAGAAUCCCGUGACUAUGUUCUACGGUGUGGUGCAUUGAGUCCUCUCUUGGCUCAGCUGCAUGAGAAUACUGACAUUUGGAUGCUUAGAACCGCCUCUUAUGUUUUGUCAGACUUGUGCUUUGGCCAGCCUCCGCCUCCCUUUUGCCAGAUGGAACCUGCACUCUCUGCACUUCAGAGAGUUCUUCACAUAAAUGAUGAACAAUUCCUGACAGCUGCUUGUUGGACACUUUUUUUUCUAUCUCAUGGUCCAAAAGAAAAUAUCCAGAGUUUUAUCGAUGCUGGUCUUGUCCCAAGACUAGUUCAACUUCUCGGAUACGAUUCUCUAUCUGUGAUUGAUCGUGCAUUAAGUACCAUUAUUUAUCUAACUAAUGGAUUUAAUCAGCAGAAAAAAGUUGUGAUAGAGUGUGGUGUUUUACCUCUUCUUGCCAACCUGCUUACUCAAGACUAUGCUAUAAGUUGGAAUAACAUAAAGAGGGACGCUUGCUGGGCGAUUUCAAACAUCACUGCAGGCACUGAAGAACAAAUUCAGGCAGUUAUUGAUGCAAACCUGAUUCCAAAGUUGGUCAAUUUGGCUCAAAAUGCUGAAUUUGACAUAAAGGAAAAAGCUGUAAGGGCAGUUUCAAAUGCAGCCUUAGGUGGUUCUCAUGAUCAGAUCAGCUGCUUGUCUGAUGGUUCAAAAGAAAAUAUCCAGAGUUUUAUCGACGCUGGUCUUGUCCCAAGACUAGUUCAACUUCUCGGAUACGGUGCUCCAUGUAUGAUUGAUCCGGCAUUAGGUACCAUUAUGAAGCUAACUGACGGAGACAAUCAGCAGACCCAAUGUCCGAUCCAUUGGUGUGAUUCAGAUACUUGGUGGAGCAGGGUUUGCAUAAGACCUUUAUGUGAUCUCCUGGACGGAGAGGCAGAGAGGAACAUAGGAGACGUGAACUAUCACUCUGUGCUGAUUGAAGAUGAGAAAGGGCUAGAAAAGAUUCAGAACCUGCAACACCACGAAAGCAAUGAGAUUCAGAAUCUUGCACCUUUGAUGGAUGGUCAAAACUCCAAGAGUGAGUCAAAGUACUUGGUGUAA